GUGGAGUUUAGACUCGCUCCAUGGACAACCGGACGACGCCACUCCGCCUCUUGGUCCCCUGGCAUUCAAGCUUCCGUUGCCGAAUUCCAGGUUCUCACGCACCGGUAUCUACACCUCUACACUAACUUUCUGCGGACGUCGAAUUACUUUUCUUUUUUACUUUGAUGCAAACUUGAUUAAAUUAAGCGGAUUUUUUGCUUCCAUUACACUCGAAGCUUUUCGUGCCACGUAGACGCGCCAUAUUCAGCAACUUUCGUUUUUUUGUGUCUUUCGUGGACCUCGACCGUUGCCAUCUUUGAGCCGCCGCACAAAAAGUGUCUCGUCAGACUGAGUCACUCGCUUUGCUUCAGCACUUGUACGCGAAGAGGAUUCAUGACUCCCCCCGCUCAUUCCGCUCAAACUUGACUCACAGUCUGACACGAGAUAUACUCCUCCGCCAGACAGCCGCCUCCUCCAUGUUUGCCGGGCCCUGUUGAACCGGGUUGCCGGUGUCGUCUAUAUGUCCUCCUUUGGCAGGUGUAAGGCGUGGCUUUGGGCGGGGGAACUACACCUUGAGUUUGUUUGAGAGAAAGUCGACAUUCGUGUUUGUUUAGACCUUUUUCCAGGACUUUUAAUUUCCGUCCAAUGAGAAGCUCCACGGUGGAGGUUUUCUGCUCGUGUUUACCACUUAACUGUGUGGCUCACGAGAUAACCGUAAUGAAAGCCGGAUAAUUUGUGGAAUUCUGAACGACCGGGAAGUGGAAAAGAGUUGCUGUUUUCCAACUUACUAUUUAAACAAGUGGAUUCGUCACGACCAUGGCACUGUCUCAAAUCCAAUGUCUGGACGACCACCACGUCAACUGGCGUGUGAGCGAGAGCAAGCCGGAGUUUUUCUACAGUGAGGACCAGCGGCUGGCUUUAGAAAAGCUCAUCACUCAGGGUCGUGAUGCGUUCAGGGAAUACCUCCUUGAAAAUAAAGUCCGGGACUUCCUGUCAGAAGCCGAGCUGGAGCGGAUCGCCCACACGGCCGAGCUUUACCGGCCCGGGUACGAGUACCACCAGAGGCCGGAGACCCCCGGGGGUCACGCGGGGAACACGACCCCUGGGUCUGGGGAAGAUGGAGCUUUGGACGGACAGGUUUCGCUUCAGUACUGGCCGGACCGGUCUGAGGCCUCAGUGGCAGAGCUGGACCUCGGUUGGCCUGAAGCCAUCUCGUACCGUGGGGUGACGCGCGUAAAUGUAUACACGCAGCCCCCCACCUACGGUCAAUCACACAUCAAAGAGGUCGUGCGCAAGAGUAUCGCUUCGGCCCAAAAGGUAAUAGCUGUGGUAAUGGAUGCCUUUACUGAUGUGGAUAUAUUUCGAGACCUGCUGGAUGCAGGAUACAGACGGAAAGUUCCUGUAUACAUAAUUAUUGACAUGGCGGCAGUGCCCUCUUUUCUUUCCAUGUGUGGCCGAGCUGAUAUGCAUCGUGGACACCUAAAGAAUCUUCGCGUGCGCUGCUGUGGAGGUGCGGAGUUCUUCACACGCUCAGCUCAAAAGGUUCGGGGCUCCCUGAGCCAGAAGUUCCUCCUGGUAGAUGGAGACAGAGCCAUCUCUGGUUCAUACAGCUUCACAUGGUCCUCAUCCCGCUUGGACCGUAACCUCAUCACCGUGAUUACAGGACAAGCCAUGGAGACCUUUGACUUCCAGUUUCGGGAACUAUUCCUCUUGUCACGGAGCGUGUCUCUCAGCAAGGUUCCCAUGGUCGACGAGCCCAUUCCCGACCCGCUUCCUCAGGCCACCCCUGUUGUCGUGCCAGCCACUGUUGCUAAGAAGCUCAUCAAUCCAAAGUAUGCCCUGGUUGCCGUGGGAUCUCACACAAGUCCCACAUCUUCAGACCAGAACUCCAGCCAUAAGAACUCACAGGUCCCCGUUGGCGUAAAAAUUCAUAGGGGGCGUCUAAAGCAUGUUUCUGAGGAGCCGGAGAUACAUCCAGCGUUGGUCAAUAUGGAGAAAGCCUACCUGAUCCCGUAUCUUCCCACUUGGCCGGAGCCAGACCCGCCGAGCGACGUAAUCGGCUUCAUUAACAUUAGGGACGAGAAAAGAGCCAAUCAGGUUCACUUGCAAAGGUCCGAGCGCUUUGAGGUCAGUCAGGCCAUUCGCUUCAGCUCACCACUGACGGGUCCUGCUGAGGGGUCCAGUCAGGAUGCAAAAUGUGACACGCAACCUGCAUUAGGGAAUACAUCUGCUCCACAGCCUGCAACCAGCAAAGCGUCGCAGGAACAGCCAACUCCAAAAAAAGACAGUGCUGAUGUAACAGAUUCCAGGGGGCCUCCACAGGCUGACGCACCUCGCAAACUGGAGACACAACAAACACAUGCUCCCUCUGUAGAGCCUCAACCAUCAGACAACUCGAGAGAAACUCCAGCAGCCCCUCCUGUACCUAAGCGACGAACGCUGCACUUGGUCAUCGACCCAGUCCCCUCAGACCAGCUCACCGAAGCGCAGGUCACUCUGGUUAAAAUUGACAACACCGUGAGCGCCUCCAACGACAAUGACAAUGCCCCACCUGACCUUGCCCGUGUCACCUCCAAGGAAGAGGGCACCGACUCGGGUAGCAACGAUAACGGUAGCCAGGACAGCACCAAGGUCAUGUGCGACAGAGGGGCCGUCGAUGACCCGUCGAGCGCUUCUACAGCUUCCGACGACGAGUACUACGACUGCUCUCCGCCGCCGGAUCCUGAAAGAGUCAGCACAGGAUCCGGCCGUGGCAACCGGCUUAUGGAUGGCGUCAACAUGAUGGCCCGGCUCUCUCAGAGCAUGUUGGACCUGCGGGAGCCUAAAGGGACGGAGGACAGCGCAGCCCUUAUCCGCCAGUCGCAGCAGCUGCGGAGGCAGGGCCAUGGCUCACCCCAUAGACGCUUAGGGCAGAUGUUUCCCUUUUCGAGAUCUCCCAAUCGCGAUGGGAGGCUGAGAGGCCCAAAAGUCAUCAUCGCCAAACCAGGGAGCUUCCACCGCCCUCAACGAUCGAGCGGCCUUGUAAUAGGAGGACAUCGAUACUGGCAGGGACAAACACUUCAGCCGCCCAACGCAACACGAUCCAGCCGCUCGCCACGCCGCCACAGCCCGGGCUACAGCAAGAGGGCCGCUAACACUUUCUCACCAUCACGGGCAGCCAACCCCACUGGGGGAAUUACACCUAUGUCCAAGCUGAACAAUUGUAAAUAUUUUAAGGGACGAGGUGGAGACAUGCAGAAGAAAGUUUCUCAAAGCAGCAACAAGGCUUCCAGAUAGAAAUGAUGGCAAGUCCAGGUACUCUGAGAAUGCUUUUAGAUAUUGACAUGCUUUUGGGGUAACGCUUACUCUAAGAAUGGAAUCUUUGAUUUGAAUUUACAUAUCAUGAAUAGGAAUUGUAAGUAAAUGAAUUACAUUAACAUCUUGGUUAACUGUAAAUAUAUGCAAUCAUAUUUUUCACUGGAUUAAUACCUAAUAAUGCAGUCUUACAAAUGAGACCUCCAUUUUACUUGAGCCCCGUGACAAUGACUCUUUCAGAAAUUUGCACUGUAAAAUCUUUUACAUACAUCACACAUAAACUCAAGAUUGUUGACGUGUUGUGCCGGGAGUCAGUGAACUAAGUUUUAAAUGACCACUAUGCUGAAAUCACUGAUUGGUCACUGACAUUGAGGGCAGGGCUUGCUGUCGACAAUGUUUUCCUUUUUGUUUUUUUUUUCCCCAUCAUUAGGUGUUGUCCCUUGUGUGGUCCUGUUGUGGACUGCUUUCAGUGUUUUGCCUGUGCCAUUCAUUGGACGAGUGUAUCAGUACUUGAUCGGUUCAGCUUCUAUGGUGCACUCACUUGCAACAGCACCGUUUCUUUCGGGGGCAACCUCGGCACAUUUCAACUAUUGCCUCUUGCCGGUCGCAUGGCACUUGUUGUUUCGUGGAUUGAUGGGCACAUUCUUUCUGUAUGUGAGUAUGUUACUCGCCAAGGAAGCUACAUUUGCAUACUUCGAAAGCUUGUUAGCUGGAAUGAGUGACAUCAUGAUCGUGACAUCUCUGAUCCACUCCUGAAAGGAGACUUUAGAUCUCUCCCCUUUCAUCUUUUACCGUUUCAAAAACACAGAGGAAUAAGAAGAUUUCAUUGGUUACCUGAUGAUUGUAUUACUGUUUUUGUGUUAUGUCAGGUGUUCUGUCAAGCACUUUGUUACGGCUGUGGCUAUUGUGAGAUCGCUUUAUGAAUAAAGUUAUUGAAUUGUAAAGAUCUACUAUGGGGUUUAUUGACAUGAUGUGGAACGAAAAAUGAAUGUUGCAAAAAGCAUUUCUGCUUAUAUAUUAUACCCUUUUUUGUCCUAAAUACAUGAGUUAGAAUGUCAUCAACAUUAACCAUAAUUCAGGACCCAAAAAACGCUUACUUUUCAAACAUUAAUAGUUAUACAAAAUCUUUUAAUACAAUUAAAUUCUACAUUUAAAAAUGCUCAAACUGCACGAGCUGAUGGUCAGCACCUGAAGGCCUCACUGCAAAAGCAAAAAGGAUGUGCACCAACAUGAAUCACUUAUUCCUUGGGACCGUCCCGUGAUCAAGUUUUGUUGGAUUCUUUAUUUUUUUGCCUGAUGCUAAAAAAAAAAAAAAAAACUUAAAAAACAUAAUGUGAUAAUGCCUGGGCCAAACCUAGCGAGUCUGAUAUUUUCGAUUGAGAGCUGGGGUGUCAAACUAGUUUUGUCACGGGCAACAUAAUUGUUACGGUUUCCUUCAGAGGGCUAUCAUUCAUCUUAUGCAUCGCUUAUCCACACGAGGGUCGUGGUGGAGCUGAAGCCUAUCCUGCUAAAUCUGGGCAUGAGGCGAGGUACCCCCUGAACUGGUUGCCAGCCAAUCGCAGGCCAACAUAUAAUUAUUGCAUUCGCAACAAAUUGAAUGUUACUUUUUAAAAUCAGAAGCUAGUAAAAACUGAUUACCGGUAAUCGUUCAAUUUAAUUUAAAAGGGGGACUCGUCACAAAGUAAAGCUUGCAAUAUUAUAAUGUUUUUAAAAGAGACCACAAUCUUGGUAUUAUAUAAAGAAACAAGAAGUAAAUGCAUACGAUUUCCAUUUGCGUGCCACAGAAAAUAAUGUAACUGGCCGGAUCUGAGUUUGACACUUGUGAUUUAGUGAUUAAUUGUGGAUUAUUAAGUGGAUGCCUGCUCACUGCCGAACACAAGCUUUAUUUCAAUACAGUUAUCAUGAACAUAAACUACCAAAUGAAAUUUGGACUGCAUUGGCAUUCACUUUUGCUCAAGUCCGAACAAUAUCUAACUUAUCGGUGUGAUAUGUUUGACAUUAUAGCAAAGAUGAAUUUGGAUGACCAUAUAAAGGGGAAAAAAAUCCUCGAUCUGAGACGUUAACCAAAAUCAAUUCGAUAAAUUCAGUGAAAGCACAAAGGUUUCAUUUGUGCAGAUUUACCUGAUCAGUGCACCAGUACCAAGUAGCCAGGAUUGUGAGUCCUAAGGUCAUGCCAGGCCAGGGCAAGUCUCCAGUGACAGCGUCUCGGAACAGGUGCAUGGCGUCCUUUCGAGGUAGAUGGCAGGUACUGUUGGGUAUGAUCUUGCUGGGCACUGCCAUGCUGUACACUUUCUCCAGGUUACUAUAGCCUCCAAUCUUGUUGAAAGCUGUGACCGACAUCCACACUUUUGAGCACAUUUCUGUAGUAAUGGGUGAAAAAUGAGUGCACAUACCAGUGAUGGUGAGAAUGAUUGCUCCUACAAUCAUCACCAAUGUUUGCAGCGUGUCUGUAUAGAUGACAGCAGCAAGACCACCUGUAAGGAGGUUAGUGUGAGUUUUUACCUGAAACAUCUGACAGGUAACACUGCUGAACACAGCUAAGCGUCUAUCAGUUUUCUAUAAAUGGUUGUUUUCAUUAGUGUUUAGGAUAAACUGGAGCCAGCCGUGGCUGAUUUUGAGGAGGUGGUCGACAGCCUGGAAUGGUCACUGGUAAUCGACAUGGAGUAAAGAAAUAACAGAAAUUGUGCUCACAUGUAGUACAAUUAAAAGUUUUGAAACAAACUUACAUCCAUUUUAUGGAAUGUUUGGAAGAGUUACGGUGACCCGAAUAAUGCAAGUACCUGCCCUCUUCUUGCUUGCGACAUGCACACGACGAUAAUAGGGCUUAAGACUGCGUUCAUGUGCCAAAAUCCAAUACUGUGUGCAACUGUGUUUUUAAUAGCAAAUCUUGCGGUAAAUAAUCCCAAAAUGGAUGAAAUUGCCAUGUGAUUGAAUGUGAGCAUUCUGUCAAAAAAUCGUUAAAACAUUUAAUUCAGCCACAUCCCUUCUGUGGGCUUCGGCCAACGCUUGGUGAAUUCUACUUCCCGAUGAUUGGAACACUUCAAACACCCCACAUUAAAUGAUCAAAACACAUGGUCAUUAUACUAGUAUUACAGAUAUUGUGAACUGAGACCACACUCAGGGCCAAUCACAGGAAAGCGUUGUCCCAUACUAAAUUUCAUCAAAUCAGUUUUCGAUAUUAUUGAGAAUCUGCCAAUCUGCACAGCUAGGUGAAAAAAACUAUUGUGAAUACUGUAAUUUUCGGACUAGAAGCCACUACUUUUUCCCCUCAUUUUGAAUCCCGCGGUUUAAAGUCCACUGCAGCUUAUUUGUUGAUUUAUUGGGUUGAUAGGUA